UGUUCUUAGUCUUCCCGUCCGUACAUAAAUAGAGUACAGUGGUGGAUUAAAGUUAAAAUGUACCAUAUUUUGUGAAAAUUCAUCAACCGCAGUGCAACUGCGACGUCAAACAUUACGGAAACAAAUUUAUAUACCAUACAUUUCAAUCCUUUGCUCGAUCGUUCAUAUUGAUUCGCAAUGUCUCAAGAAGAUACAAGCGAAGAUGAGAUAGGAUUGCGGACACCGUCGUUCCUCAGGAAAGGAUCUCGAUGCAGUCGUGGUACGCCAGUAACUCCAUCGUCUAUUACGAGUUCGAUAAUACUCGGCCAAAUCCCAGAAGAGGUACUCCGUGUUUGGAGUCAACUACCAGAAGCAAUACGUUUAGAUCCUAGUUUGGCAGUUUUUCAAAGGGAAUAUGAUCGUGUUCAUCAAACUAUAGAAGGAAGAUCUUUGGAUGAAGCGAAGAAAGACUGUCUGGUAGUAAAUAUGUCUCUUGGGACACAGUCUGCAUUGCCACAUAAAAUGAAAAGUAGAAAAGACGAUGAAGAUGGGAAUAACGAUAUUACAAUUACACAAGGGACCAACGAAACGAAACAAAAGCUUUAUCGUUAUAUCAAGUUAAUCUUAUUAUGUUGCUGUUGGCUAAUAUUCACUCUAAUACUGAUAAUUAAGAGCGAAAGGAUCGAAGCGUUGCACCAAAUUUCAAUACCUAGUGGACAAAUAAAAAGCUACAAAAUGUUUGGUCAAGUUCCUAGUAAGCAUAUCAAUUUAAUGAUAGAAGGGUCAUUACUUCCACCAAUAAAAAUGAAACCGGUAGAAUACAGAAAUGUAUCUGAUAGAUAUUUAAUGGUAUGGUUAGAACUACUCGUCGGUCAGGCAAAUAAUACCAAUCAAGUUUUAUUAGGAUCUGAAGAGAUUAAGAAUAUAAGCGAUGUAUGGAUUUUACCAAUACUUCCGGAGAAAUUGAUAGAUGUAUUUCCUGGACAGAGGCAGCAAAAAAUUUUUAAUUUAGAAAAUAUCGACAAAAGUACUCUAGAAUGCGGUGAGAUAUUAAUUAAAUUGAAAACAAAUCUAGAAUCCAGUUUUGCCGUCUCUAUUAGUUACGAUUUAUCGUCAAUGAACAAAGAUGAUGGAAUAGCGUAUGCUGCGGCAGUCUUAUUUGGAUUAUAUAUACUUAUAAUAUUCGAGGUUGUACAUAGAACUUUAGCAGCUAUGUUAGCUUCGACUAUGUCUAUCGCGAUAUUAGCAACCAUAAACGAGAGACCAACUAUGAAUGAAUUAAUGUCUUGGAUAGAUGUCGAUACAUUAUUGUUAUUAUUCUCAAUGAUGAUACUUGUCGGCAUAGUCGCUGAGACAGGUGUAUUCGACUGGUUAGCAGUCUAUGCUUACAAGAUAACUGCAGGAAAGCUGUGGCCACUCGUAGGUACACUAUGUUUCUUUACAACGUUCAUUUCAUCGUUCCUCGAUAAUGUUACGACAGUGAUGUUAAUGACACCGGUAACCAUUAGAUUAUGCGAAGUAAUGGAAAUAAAUCCAGUGCCAAUAUUGACAUCGAUGGUGGUUUAUUCUAAUAUCGGGGGUGCUAUGACACCGAUAGGCGAUCCACCCAACGUAAUUAUUACAUCGAAUCGCGAUGUUAUUAACAACGGUAUCGAUUUUAGUACAUUCACAAUGCACAUGAGCAUUGGUGUUAUAUUGGUAAUACUUGUAGUUUUUGCUCAGCUGCGAUUCAUCUUCCGAGACAUAGCUGUUCUUAAAUUCGCCGAACCACAAGAUGUACAGGAAUUAAGGCAUGAAAUUGCCAUUUGGCAAAGAGCUGCGGCAAGUUUGUCGAGUUACAGUAAAGACGAAAAUUUAGUGAGGGAGACUUUGCUAAAAAAGGUUCAACGAUUGCUCUCGCAGUUAAAAAAGAAGCUAAUUAUAGGCAGUGUCACCCUUGAAACAUACAAAACCACGCUCGAAGAACUUCAGGAAAAGUAUCCUAUUCGAGACAAGUGGUUACUAGUGAAAUCUGGAUUUACGUUGAUCUUUGUGAUCACAUUAUUUUUUCUGCACAGUAUUCCAAAUCUGCACUUGUCACUAGGCUGGACCGCUUUAUUAGGCGUCCUUUUGUUAUUAAUAUUAGCUGACAGCGAAGAUUUGGAUGGUCUCAUGGCGCGCGUAGAAUGGAGCACUUUGUUAUUUUUUGCAUCGUUAUUUAUUCUUAUGGAGGCAUUAUCGCGUCUGGGCCUAAUUGCUUGGAUAGGAAAACAAACAGAAAAAAUAAUCCUAUCUGUAAAUGAAGAGUCACGAUUAGCGGUAGCUAUAUUGCUACUGCUUUGGGUGUCAGCGCUCGCAAGUGCAUUCGUGGACAACGUGCCUCUGUCAACGAUGAUGAUAAGAGUCGUUACUACUUUGGCUCAAAAUAACGAACUGAAACUGCCACUGCAGCCCCUGGUAUGGGCUUUAGCUUUCGGCGCUUGUAUGGGAGGAAAUGGAACUUUGAUUGGAGCUACUGCUAAUGUAGUUUGCGUAGGAGUUGCGGAACAACAUGGAUACAAAUUCUCUUUUAUCCAAUUUUUCAAGGUAGGCUUUCCAAUUAUGCUGACGAGUGCUAUGACAAUAACCAUGUACUUAAUGAUCGCUCACGUCAUUUUCAAUUGGAACGGAUAAUGUAAUUGUUACAACUUACGUUUGAUAUUCUCAUGCGGCAAAGAUAUCAAAAUUAUUGGAGUCAAAUGAUCCUAUUUAGAUUCUUGCGUAAUAUUUGAUGAAUUAAUGAUACAACAAUGUAUAAACUAUAUAAAACUUGGAUAAAUAAGCAAUUAUUUUAUAAUAAUUUCACUCUAUUUUUCAUUUUAUUCUAAUUCUUUUAGUUAUAAAAGAUAUACGAAUAUUUCGCCUAAUAUUGCCUAAGAUAGAUCUAAUUAUCUAAACAGAUUUUAAUUUUGUUAAGUACAGAAAAUAUAAACGUAGCUAUAAUAUACGUGGCAAUAAAUAUUCCACGUUGUGCGAUUUAAUUAUAUAUUUGAAUAAAUCUAAAAGCAUUUGUAAACUUCCAUCGGAAGAUGUUUAUUGAUAUUAAUUACGUAAAUUGUAAAAUAAGUUAUGUAAUAUUUAAAGAAACAUUAUUUUCUAUCUAACGAUGAUUGCGAUGAAUGCGACGUUUUAACUCAAUCGUUUCAAAUGAACACAAAUCAAUUAUAUUAUUAAUCACGAUAAAUUAAUCGUCUUACGUUUCCUUCGAUUUCACCGAUCUACGAACCAUAAAGAAGAAGUUUUUCGCAGCGUUUUAACAUUUAAAUCGUUAACACUAUAUAAAUUAGUCAUAUUAAUUAAUGAACGUCAUGAAUGCAUAUAGUAUUCAUACAUAUAUAUACAUAUACUAAAUACAUGUGUGUGUGUAAAUGCUGUAUUUUCGCUUUAGAUAGACAUUUGUUUUAUUGCUUUUUAUUAUACAUGUACAAAUCUAACUUUUCAAUUCGAGAGAUGAAAAUCUAACAAAUUAUAGGAAUUGUAUAAUGAGGAAUUUAUUGUAUUUAAGUAAAAUUAAUCGUAAAUAAACAUAAUCGAGAAUAAUACAAUAAACUAUGUUUGGCCAACAUA